AUGGUGAAGUUCGGGGACUUCGAGCCUCUAUGCAAGGAUACGCCAAGUUAUCCGUGGUGUAAUCUCUUUUACCGACAGCUUCAGCGCGGUGCACCUGAUGUUCUGAGAGGGCUAUCCAUCCCUUCCGAGUCAGCGCCUGUCGGUGUGGAUCCAACCUGUGGAAUUCCUCGUGUGGGCCAUGACAAUUCAGUGGGCAACGUCGCCAACAUUGCGGCCUGUGGAUUGAGCAUAUUUUUUACUGCUUUCCUCAUUUUUGCGUGUAACCGACGGAAAGCGGCUGUCGGACGCAUCGAACUGCGAACAUUCCUUACCCUCUACCUGCUUACCCUACCCCUACAACUCAUCACAACUGGCUCCUUCCUCGAACAGGGAUCGACACCUCUCGUCGCGUUGACUGCAAUUCACGCAGGCGCAGUUGUCGCGCUAUUUUGGUCGUUGCUGGCCAACGCCAUUGUCGCGACGCAGGUCGUGGAGGAUGGUACCCUGGCUAGUUUGGUGCCUUUCUACAUUUUCACUGCUAUUGCGCUCGGCGUGGGAAUCUACAUAUCGCUCGACAUCGCUCUCGGCGUAACGAACGUGAUUGGUGGCCUAUCCUCGCCGCCCUCAAGACUUGGGAGUAUCGCUCUGUUUGUGAUCACUAGCAUAUGGCCAGCAGCAUGUGCUGUUCUCUACCUCAUCAUCAUGUCCUACAUUGUGCUGCAUGUCCUCAACGAAACACGGCCCAUGUGGUACUACAUUCUGGCCUCGUGCCUUUUCGUGCUCUCGCAGCUAGCCUGGUUCCUCCUCGGGAGAGUGAUAUGCAAGGGCUCAAAUUCAAAGAUAGACGGCUCAUUCGUAGCCACAAUACUGGAGUCCGCCGCCGUUGGCGUGUUAUACCUCGCUUGGAAGAGCAUUACAGAAGAAUCGUGGGAUGACGAAUACUACCCAUCAUACCCAUCAUGA